AUGGGAAUCUUUACGUGGCGUUCAUCCGCUCAGAGGCAGCAGCAAAAGGAGCUGCGAGGACUGCAGCAGAAAGUUGCUGCAGCUAAUGCAACAACGCCAGACGCGUCUGCUGCAGCGCAGCAGGCCUUAGCAGCAACUACACCCAGGCCGUACGGUUCGAACUCAAGCCGAGACCGCGUAGCUGCAGCAGCAGCAGCAGCAGCAGCAGCAGGCGCCGUUGCUUCUGCUUGUGAGGACCUUGGGAAGGCACGGGCUGUUGCGCAGGUGCUGCUGCAGCAGCGGCUGCUGCAGCCUGCAGCAGCAGCAGACAGCAAGUUGCUUACGCUGCUGCUGCUGCAGCAGUUGCUUGAAUCUUCAAGCUACUUCCGUAUGGUUGCUGCCUUGCUGCCAGUUGCUGCAGCGCAGUCGCUGGGGACCCGCAGCAGUAGUAGCAGCAGCAGCAGCAGCAGCAGCAGCCGCAUCAGCAGCAGCAGAGGGACUGCUGCAGCCUUAACGGCAUCCCUGCCGCUAAGCCAGUGGUUGCAGCAGUUUGCUGCGCUGUUGCUGCUGCGCGCUCCUCGGCCUGUGGCUCGGCGGAAGCAGCAGCAGCAGCUGCAGCAGCAGCAGCAGCAAGCUCUCGCUGCCCAAGCUCGGCUGAAGGUUCUAUUUCCAGCAGGAACGACAGAGACAGAGAUGACCUGCUGCGGCUCUCUGGCUGCGCGGUGCAUGUACACUGCAGCAGCAGCAGCAGCAGCAGCAGAUCCGCCAGGGCUGCAGCAAGAAUUCAAACGUGCUGUUUCAGCGAUGCAGGCCGUAGGCAUUGAGGGGCCCCCGCAGCUACCAGAAGCAGAAGUUGCUGCUCUCUGCGGCUCCUCAGCCCAGGUGCUGCUGCAGCAGCAGCAGCUGCUGCGCUACCGUCAAGACACGCUGCAGCCUCCGAACGCCCCACAAGCGCAGCAGCAGCAGCUGCAGCAGCAGCCGCUGCAGCAGCAGCCGCUGCAGCAGCAGCAGCAACAACAGCAGCAGCAAGUCCAGCCGCAACAGCAGCAGCAGCAAGGUCGCCCUGCUCAGCCAAACCCCCCUUCCUCUAGUGGAUCAGUAGACCUACACAUUGCUGAGGUGCUCUCAAGCAUGGAGUUGCUGCAGGAGUUGCUGCAGCAGCCAACUACUGAAGGGAUUGUUAUGAUAGAGUCUCUAAAGGAGCAGCUAAUGCAGCAGCAGCAGCAGCUGCAGCAAGAUGCAGCACAACUCGUUGAUGAGGGGCGCCUUGAUCGCUUCGCAGACCUUUCAAGGGUGCUUGAUAAUGUGGAGACGACGCUGCAGAACGUGCAGGCGGUGCGGGCGCAGUUGGAGCAGGAGCAGCUGCAGCAGCAGCAGCAGCAGCAGCAGGAAGUGCAACAGCAGCAGCAACAGCAACAGCAGCAGCAGCCGCAACAGCAGCAGCAAGAGCAGCAACAGCAACAAGAGUUGGGCCAGCCGAAAGACGAAGGCGGUGCUUCCAACGUAGCAGCUACAGCCGUAACUGCUGUGACAGGAGCCGCAGCAGCAGAAGCAGCAAGCCCCACAGCAGCAGCAGCAGCAGCAGAGGAGGUUCAAGCGCCUUCUUUAUCUGCGUAUACAGCUGAGGGCCCCACAAGCAGCACAGAUGUACGUACACCCCUCCAUUCGGAUCCAGCCGAACUAGAGUCUCCUGCUGCAGCAACUGGCACGCCUGCUGCUGCUGCUGCUGCUACGACUGCAGCAGCUGACGAGCUCAUGCUAUUCCCACUAGCUGAUGAGCCAGGAGACGUAGCUGAGCAGCAGCAGCAGCAGACACAGCAGCCACAACCCCAGCAGACGCAGCAGGAGGAGAAGGAGCAGCAGCAGCAGCAGGAACCGCAGCAGCAGCAGCAAACGGAUGAGAAGAGAGAGCAGACGCUUGCGGGUGCCUUUGCUGAGGGGAACACCCACAGCAGUCUCAGCAGCAAAACCUCCAGCACAAAGCGCAGCAGCCGCAGCAGCAACCGCAGCAGCAGCCGCAAAGAGAAACGUAGCAGCAGCAGCAGCAGGAGCCAUUCUGUGGAUCAGAGGCAUGCAGAGGAAGCAGCUACCUUCGCUACUGCAGACGCCGCCUUUUCAUACACUACCGCAACGCCAGAAGUAGCAGCAGCAGAAGCAGCAGCAGCUGCUGCUACUGCUGCUCCUGCUGCAGCUGCUCGCCCGGCUGGUGAUACACCCCAAGUCGAGGGGGCCCCACCAGAUUUUAGGGAGUACGACAGGGCAGACAAGUUGGAUCAGGAAGCAGCAGCAGCAGCUGCUGCUGCUGCUCGCAGCAGCAGCAGCAGCUGGAGGCAAAUAGAAUCUGGAGACUCUGCAGGAGAGCAGCAGCGACUGCAGCAGCAGCAGCAGAAGCGACACGGAAGCAACAGACGCAGCAGCGCUCUCACAGCCUUUGAGGACUUCGGGGCCUUUUCUUCUGCCCUCUCAGACACCAGCUCAGAUUUUUCUCCGCUGGAUCGGCAGCAGCAGCAACUGCAGCAGCAGCAGCAGCAAGACAGCAGCAGCAGCAGCAGCAAACCAAACUUCUCCGAGGAGCCCGCAUGGCCCUCUCCAGCUGGGUGGUGGCCCGCGGAGCCGUUUGUAAAUAGUGCGUCUGUGUGGGGUGGGACUGAGGGGCAGCAGCUGCAGCAGCAGCUGCAGCAGCAGCAGCAGCAGCAGCAGCUGCAAGAGCAGUGGGAGCCGCAGCAGAACCACAAGCUGCAGAGGCAACGGCAGCAACCUCAGGAACACUCCCAGAGCGGAAAGACAACGGGGAGCCCUCUAGAGAAGAAGGUCUCCUUUCUCGAUGCUUCGCUGGAUCAGCAGCAAGACGCGCAGCAGCAGCUGCAGCAGCGUGAGGGAGAUAGCGAGGAAGGCGCGCCGAGCAGAGAGACAGCAGCAGAAGGCAGCAACAAGGAUGAGGAGCAGCAAAGAGUAGCAGCAGAACAGAGUGCAGAGCUGCAGCUACUGCGGCGGCAACGGCAGAAGCUGCAGCAGCAGCUGUCAGCAGCUGAAGGAGAAGCAGCGCGAACAUCAGCAUCUCUUGCUGCUAGCGAGCAGCAGCGGGAGUUGCUGCGGGAGCAGCUGGAGAAGCAGCAGCAGCAGCUGCAGCAGCUGCAGCACGACCUCAAGUCCAGCAGAGCAGCACAAAAGGCAGCAGAGGAAUCCCUUGCAACAACUCAGCUGCUGCUGCAGCAGCGAUCAUCAGCAGCAGAAUUAGCAAAGGAAAUGUGGCUUAAAGAAAGCGAAAGAGCAUCCAAGCUCGCGGACGACCUAGACAUUGCUGAGAGGACUAUAGCGCUGCAUGAGGAGACCAUUUUGAAUGGCGCUGCAGAGCAGCGUCGGCUGCAGCAGGAGUUACAAUCCCUGCAGCGACUGCUGCUUACAACCCCUGCUGCUGCGCAGGCUGUUGCAGCAACAGGAGCAGCACCAGCAGCGGGAGGCAGCCGCAGCGAAGAGCGACACAAGCAGCAAACAGCAGCAGCAGCAGCGAGAGCAGCAGCAGACAGGUCGCUCUCUCCAGGACGCUGCAGCACUGCAAGUUCGUUGCCGGUGGGGUUUGGGGGAGAAGCGCUGCGGGGAGGCCGCAGCAGUGGAAAGCUGCUGCAGCGACAGCAGCAGCAGCAGCAGCAACAGCAGCAGCAACGGCUAGCAGAGAACUUCUGCAGCAGCAGCGCAUGCGUCGAAUCUGUGACGGACACAGUAGACGAGCCCCUUGCUUCAGGGGAGGCACCCGCCUGGCAUUUGGCUCAACGCGGGCUCACGACGGGUCUUUCGGAGGUGGCAACAGGAGCUGCAGCAGCAACAGCAGCAGAAGCAGAAGAUUCUGUUUGCCCUAUGCCUCACGUUGCUGCUGCCAGGUGUAUGGAUACGGGCUUCCUGCCGCUGCUGCUUACAGACAGUGGUGUGCUGCUUGAGGACGAGACUUUACAGAUCGGCGUGCAGAAGACAGUGAAGGGAUUAGCAGGCCGCAUCAGCCUCUACUUCGGCAACAAGAGAAGCAGUAUGCUGCAGCAGUUUUGCUGCGAGUUGCUGCUGCAGCGCGAUGGGGGGCUGCUGCUGGAGCCAGAAGACCCGCAGCAGCAGCUGCAGUACAUCAGCGGAAGGGAGCAGGUCGCGCAUUGCGUGGCGCCUUUUGACUACUGCCCUGUGAUGCGGGUCUCCUUCUUGAUGCCAGACGCAACCCCUUGGCGGCGCGAAGUUUGUUUGCCUUUGUCUCUGUCUUCUUUUGUUGAGGGACAGCAAAUGCAUGCAGAAGAAUUCUUUGAACUCUGGUGUCGCCAGAACUUCGUUUUAAACGAAACUGCAUGCGUACUGAAUCUACACCCCCAGCUGCAAGCCUCAAUGCUGGUGCUUGUUCGCCGUCUGCAGCUCGGGGGAGCUCUUGCCUUGUGCGCUGCAGCAGGUGAAGGCCACGCGCAGACGCUCGCUGUGGCUGGCAGCAUGCAGCGUCCUCCAGGCCAAAGCAAGCAGCAGCAGCAGCAGCAGCAGCAAGAACAGAAGCAAGAGCAGCAGCAGAAGUCUUCCGAUCGCCUCAUUGUCUUAGCCCGGCUGGAGCUGGGAUCGGGUAUGCAUCAAGGCCGUGGGCGGCUGGUGGUGCGCGCUAACGACGGCGUGUUAAGCGCAGCUGUGCGAUCUGAGCUCAGGUACAGCUGCAGCAGCAGCUGCUGCUGCAGUAGCUGCAGCAGCAGCAGCAGCAGCAGCAGCAGACGGGGCUUCGCCACACAGGCUGCGGACUCCCUCCCUGAAGUGACCCCAGCCAUCAUUGGGUCUCAGCUUGUGCGCGACCCCUACGAGCAGCUACCAGCUCCCCUUCCCGCCUCCAGCACCAGCAGCAGCACCAGCAGCAGCAGUAGCAGCAGCAGUAGCAGCAGCAGCGAAGUAUGUGGAGGACCUGAGCGGUAUGUGUAUGUGCGCGAUCCUAGUACAGGGGAGGUGAUAGGGUGUACUCCCAACCUGGGUUCUGCAUGGGUGCGUGCAGCAGUAUGUGCAGCAGCAAAAGCGCAGCCAUUGUGGGGUGGCAGCCCUGUGCUGCUGCGUAGCAACUUGCUGCUGCAGUGGUACCGACUCAUUGAAGAGAGAAAGGAAUCUCUCGCACAUCUAAUAACCUUAGAGUCGGGAAAGCCGAUCCCAGAGAGCCGUCAGGAAGUACUUUAUGCUGCUUCAUACAUUCGCUGGAGUGCAGAGGAGGCGCGGCGUCUAAACGGCCUUGUUAUACCUGCAGCAGACAGCAGCAGCAGCAGCAGCAGCAGCACCGGGAGCAGCAAGCUGCAGUAUACGGUGAAGGAGCCGGUGGGGGUGUGUGCUUUAAUAACUCCUUUUAACUUCCCGAUUGCUAUGGCUGCGCGCAAAGCAGCAGCAGCACUUGCUGCAGGUAACGCAUGUGUACUGCGGCCUUCAGAGGAGACGCCUCUGUCAGCACUCGCUCUAGCAGCAGCAGCAAGAGAGGCUGGGAUGCCAGAUGGUUUAUUAAAUGUUGUGCCUUCGUGCCGCUCCGGUGCUGCAGCGUUUUCUGCUACAGUAGCAGCAGAUGACGCUGUGGGGUUGCUGUCGUUCACGGGGUCUACAGCUGUGGGGCGCCAGCUGUACAGACAGUGCGCAGCAACAACAAAACGGCUGCUGCUGGAGAUGGGAGGCAAUGCCCCCUUUGUUGUGUUUGAAGAUGCAGAUAUUGAUGAAGCUGUCUUGGGGUUAGUUGCUGCUAAGCUGCGCUGCUCAGGUCAGGCCUGUAUCAGCGCUAAUCGGGUGUACGUACACCGCAGCAUUUAUCCGGAGUUUCUGCGUCUAGCAACUCGUCUCUUUAAACAACAAAAAAUAGGCCCAGGCACACAGCACGGAGUCUCUGUGGGGCCCCUCAUCAAUGCAGCAGCUGUUGAACGCGCACACAGCCUCGUCGCAGACGCAUGCAAACACGGAGCCAAGCUCCUCCUCGGCAGCAGCAGCAGCAACAGCAGCAGCAGCAACGGUGGCAGCAGCAGCAGCAGCAGCAGCAGCAGUGGGGGGCAUUUCUUUCCUGUGACAGUGCUAGAUUGCCGCGAGGCUAGUUCUGCUGCUCGUGUCUACAGGGAGGAAUUGUUUGCUCCUAUAGUUUGUUUAUAUGAAUUUGAGAGUGAAGAGGAGGUAGCAAAGCUGUGCUCAGGCUUUGGGAGAGAAGGCUCAGUGCUUUGUCUUGACGACUAUACAAACACUAAAUUCGUGUGUAUACAGCACUAA